CUUCAGUGUCAUUAUUAUUAUUAGCUUUUAGGCUUCGCCAUGCCAGUAAAACCCCGUUAUUAAUUUAAAUAUGGCUACUUGGAGAUGCAUAUAAAUGUAAUAUUUGUAUUGCAGCUGGGGCAGAGAUACAGGGUGGCUGUGGCCACCCUUGGUCGCACUUGAACACACAACCUUCGGCGUGGAGGAGCUGUCAAUGCACAUCUUGCAUUAACUGCAAGCAGUGGUCCAAAAGCAGUGGUGGAGCUACAGGAUGGCCAGUGAUCACUCUCCAGCCAUCCUACUGGCCAUCUUGACAAUUCAGGUAUCAACUAAUUGCCAUGUGAGUAAUGGUCUCACUUUGGCCACCCCAAUAUAAAUUUCUUUCUCCGCCACUGUUUGCAGUAAUGACUCAAGUGGAUCAUUUGCAUCAUGACCUUGUCUAUAUGCAAUUUAAUCUGAAUUAUUUUUCUCAAGCUCAGGUGUAAUCAAUGUAUCACGCGUGCACUUCGGAUGACCUUCCAGGUAGCACAGUUCUCCCUUCCUGAAGAAAACUAUCCUGUAUAUUCUGGUGUGUUUGGCAGAGAUAAACACUGUCACAAAGGUAUCCAUUUAAAAGUUAUUCAUUAUGGUUAUCAAAGUCAGGUUUAUUAUUGUGGCUGCGCCAGUUGUUCAUUCAAUUCUGACGUUUUAUAUUACCCCAAAAAGAUAAAUAAUAUUUUAUAACCAGUUUUCAGCAUAUUUUACAGCACAAACGACAUCCACAAAAAUAAACAGUAGUGUCAAUCAACACUGAGCAUAUUAUCUUUGUAAAGGAAGAUUUUUUUUACAUUUUGGAUCUCAUUACCUUUUCCAGGUGAGACAGUAAUGUGGUAUUGUGCUAGCACUGAUCAGACAGUGCUAAAAUGAAAAGUCAUCACACAGAUUAGCAAUUUAUUGCAAACAAGCAUUAAAGUGAAAUGGUCCGUUCAUCAGCUGAUUAAAAGUUUUAGACCACAGCCUUUAAAAGCCAAAAUCCUGGCAAAAAUAUCAUUUUCAGUGUUUUCUGUAUUCACACUGUCAUGAUCUCUUGAUGGCACUUGAACAUGGUCAGAUUGUUAAGCUGCAUAAGCAAGGCGUCACGCAGCAAGCACAUCAUUACUGUUGAGGUUGAGUCAUAUGAAAGUUCUUCAAAGAGUGUUAUGGAACAGAAAAGUCAAGUGGUAGACCCAAAAAAAUAUAACAGGACCUGAGCUAGAGGAUCCGAUUGGCUGUCUAUCUUCAAGGGCCUCGUCUCUUUCAGUGCCACAAUAUUGCCCGUUUGGAAUUUGCAUGAGAUCACCAAAAAUGGAACAUUGAAAGGUGGAAGAAAUGUUUAUUCUCUGAUGGGCCUGAUGGAUUCCAAAGUUACUGGCAUGACCUGAGAUGUUUUCAAUACACAGUACAGGGGGCGCCAUUAGUUUUUUCAGUUUUUGGUUCAAUGGAACAGUGGAGCUUCAGGUUGUGCAGGGGUGUCAAACGGCAGAUGGCUAUGUGAAGAUAUUUCCUCUUUUAAUUGUGUUUUGUAGGCAAAAGGUGCUCAACUGCUUUUGUUGUGUCUUAAAAUGCAACACUAGCACCUCCUAGUGUAUUCCAGUAUAAUACAGUAAUUAUAGGGUUAGCUGUAGAGGAGGAGGCACUUCUCUGCUCUAUAAUAUUUGUAGUGCUUUUGAACUCAAUGGUGUAUUAAACACAAGUUUCUUUUAUUAAUUAUUUUAAACUCUCACUUUGAUGCCCCCGGCAGUCAAAAUUUACUUCUUAAAGCCGAUACAGUUAUGUUGUAUGUUCUUUCUAUGUGUUUUAGCACAAUGCAACAAAAUAACAACACAUUACCGGGUCGUCUACAUUCCCGUCAUCGCAAGAGACAGGCAUGCAGAUCAGCAUCAUGUUUGUCACACCCUGGCGUGCUAUGAGCCUUUCAUACUUUUAAUAUGUGACAUAAGUCAAAUAAUAGUGGCACUCCCAUGGCAGUCAGGAAGCUCUUACUUCUACACUAACCUGUUCCCGUGGAAUAAAUUAAUUCCGGCCUUUAGGGGGUGCAACAGUUUAAUGUGAUUGUUUUUAUAGUUUAUUUCAAAAGUUACUACAGUAUUAUGAAUCAAUAGGCUGUUCUGGUGACAUGUGGUCAUGUGAUGCAACUGUGAAUGACUGAGAUGUUGUAUUACUACUAAGGCAUGAUCAUGUGUUCAUUCAUUUCUCCCAUAGGCAAUAAUGGUCGGUCAAGAUGUGGCCAUCGCAAGACCUUUAUCCCCGAUAGAAGCAAUGCUGGAAAACAAUAUUUUGACAUUGUUAAUUGUCAUACAAUUGUAUGCAUGGGAGCUAUACCUCAAAUGGAAUAAGUAUUGCAAAAGAACACAAAAUGCCAAAGAAAAAGCAAACCUCAUAAAACGAAUCGGUUUAUGCUCGCUGAACUGAGGUCUUGUGCAGUUGGCUGACAUUUUCCGUGGCGGUGAUCCAGUAUUUGAAAAAUUGUAGCAAAAAAAAAAAGCCAAUGAAAAAGCAAAACUUAAUGCUUGAGUAAUUCAUUUAGUUAUGAUUUAUUGGUCCUUCAAGUGUCCAUUUAUGAAGGUUCUAUAUAGAUUACCUGGCCCUGUUACUGCAUGUGUAAAUUACUGGUGGGCGAUACUGCACGUUUUUGUAACAACCCAAUACCAAGUAAACGCAGGGCCAGUACUGCAGAUACUGAUACUGAUACCGACAGCUUUUACUUCAAACUUUUCAAGAUCAUUGAAUGAGUUUGUGCCUUUUAUCUGUGAACCCAACAGUAUCUAACUACUGCAAUAAACAACAAUGUAGUGGAAUCUUGCUUUGCAUUCCAAAAGGUCUGACACGACCCGAAACAGACGCUAACCGAAUCAAUAUUUCCCCUUUAGAGAUAAUGUAAAUCCAUUCAAUCCAUUCUAGAAAGCCAAAGCAUGUUUUUUCUAGUUUUACAAUUAUAGUUUGACAUGUAGAAAAACACUUGAAAAUGCAUAUAAAUACAUAGGCCUACAAAUGUGGAAUGAAAGGGAUAAAUGAACAUUUAAGGUUACUUUUGCCUACAUUGAAGAUAUGAUGUGGCAGCAAGCUCAACUUCCUGUUUUGACAUGACUUCUUUCUUGAAUUCCAUAGUGUUUCUCACCUCAAUACUGGAACCCAAAAGGGAGCCAAAGGAAGUUGCAAGUGCCAGCAUCUUCAUAAAGAAGGAGGUGAUAAAAAGGCGGCAUGUCGUUUCAAAUUUCCAAGAACUCCCGUACCACCACCACCAGCAGCAGCAGCAGCCUGAAAUCUCCUCGGAUGAAAGAUGACAGCUGGAUCAGACCUGAUGAGGAUGAGUUCGAACCUGUCGACCGUGACCCAAACUUUGGCAAAUCUCUUCUUGGUCACUACAAAUCCAGCGAAACUAUAAGCAGCGUGGGUGCAGAAACACAAAUUACCAAAAGCAAGUCAACAUCUGUGCAGGCUCUCACCAAGAGAUUCAGUGGCAGUCAGGACGAGCUGACUAGCAGCACCUACAAGAGGGGCUCCUUCACUGCCAGCUCUCCCCCAGCAUACACGGAACCAGCUACAAGUACCACGACCACCACAGUCACCAAGGAUGGGAACACAACUGAGACCACGGUCACCACGAGUCACCGAAAAACUCCCACCAAGACUGAGACCUUCACGGAGCGCGUCCAAUCUUCCAGCAAGGGGACACUCUACUCAAACUUUUCACCAAGCAGGACCACAAAAGUGACAGAGACCUAUGUCAGCAGCCAAAAAGAUGGGAGCGACCUCAGUUCCUCUUCAGUCAGUGCUGAGGACAAGCUGUAUAAUACACUCCUCCCCAGCGCUAUCAAGGAUGACAUUGGAGACAGCAGAACAAGUCUGACCAGCACCGAGACUGUGACGGUGAAAAGAAGCAUCAACGGGGCUGAAGAUGACCUGUACGACACCCUCCUGCCAAAGAGCAUCACUUCCGCUCAGUCUUCAGGUUACAGCUCCAGCGUUACAAAAAGAGAGACUGUGACAUUGGAGAGCAACAGAGGAGGAGACAGCCCCACUCCACUUUCCUCAUCAUCCUCCCUCCGUUCCACCAGCCGCACCUACACUGAGGAUAGCCCCACCACCCGCAUCACCUCCUACACUGUCAGCAGCAGCCUGCCCAGUGACGACUACAACAAAAGCUACUACUACUCCUCAUCCAAACCCAGUUAUGAGUACAGCAGCAUCAGUAACCCCUCUGAGUACAGCUCCACCAUCUACAGGAGCAGCAGCAGCGAAAUCCUGUCAACGCCCAUCUCCUCCAAGUCUUCCAUUAAGACCGUGUAUACGUCUCCUGAGAGGACUGUGCUUGAUAGGGAGCUGUGCACCUCCUGCCAUAAGCCCUUCAAUGGCGAUGCCAAGAUGGUCCUGGAUGACAUGAAAAUCAACUGCCAUGCAUUCUGCUUUAAGUGCGAGGUGUGUAACGGCACGCUUGGCCACCUGAAAGCGGGCGACUGCAUGUGGGUGUACAACCGCUUGGUACACUGCGAGACCUGCUUUGACAAAACAAGAGAGAAAUGGCGACACUGAGUUACCCCUUCUUGGCUUCGAUGGAGAAAAGCAAGUGAUUGAGGGAAAAUCGUACAAAAAAUAUAAAUGUGGUUGAUCAAUUUGUAAGGGGGUCAUAUACAAUAUGGGUAAUGUCGUAUUUAGAUUUUUUAAUUCAGGUGUUUCGUAUAGUGUCAGAUGGAAUAUGUUAUUAUUUUUAGCUCUUGUUAUUAUCUGAAGGCUUUAAAGGGACUCUUCUUAAUAAUAUGAUAACAAUACUGUGACGUGGAUGGCCGGGUGUUUUGUCCUGUGUGCAAUAAAAACAAUCACUGUAUUGAUAUCAGCUUA